GCACUUAAUUUUUGUUUUUUCUUUACUUUGGCGCUUUGUUUGGUGGCUCGCCACCCUCGCCACGGCCCGUGGGUUGCUUGUCUUGGUUUCAUAAUUCAUUUGUCGAUCGCGCCAGUGCACGAUUGCCCUCUUCCCGAGUGACGUUUGGUCCCGCGACUCGACGCGGCACUCUGUCCAGGUUCAAGUGGCACCAUGCAAGCCGCCCCUGGGAAAGGGAGGGGUCGGGGCCGUGCAAGGAUACUUCCAGGUACUGGAGUCCCUCCUGUGACAACGACAGCAUUACUGACUGAGGCGACACGAGCUCUUCAACAGUGUCGUCUGCAACGUGCCCUUCCUGGACCACCUCUCCUUGAAACACCUCCUGAAUCACCGUCACCAAAAUUAGCAUCACCGACAUCAGCGUCACCGCCCAGGCCGGGGGACCUCUGCAAAACUCAGCACCAGGCAAAGCCAGUGCUGAGCAAUGGAAAGACUACCCUCGUGCAAUGCAGCGACGUGGUUGGCAUCACACUUGCUCCACGUGCUGGAGCGUUUCCUGCACGUCCGGGCUAUGGCAGAGACGGUCACCCCAUUGCAAUUCUUGCCAACCACUUUGAGCUUCAGCUUCCUACUGGGCUCUUCUACCACUACGACGUGGAUAUCGGCAGCCUCCGCCACUCGGGGGCAGUUCAGUCAGUCAUCUCAAAGGACUGCAAGAGACGCGUGUUCCAGCUGCUUGUCCGCCAGCACGAGCAUCACCUGAAUGGCAACCUGCCGGUCUUUGACGGCCAGAAGAACAUGUACACCAGGAGUUCUCUCAACUUCCAGAAGAAGGUCUUCAACGUGACCAUGGAGGAGGAAGGCCGGAAUCCGGAUACCUUCGUUGUUUCCAUUCAGUAUGCUGCCACCUUAGACAUGAGCCUGCUCCAGGCUGUCUAUGACAAAAAGUUGAAGGAAGUCCCUCAGGCAGUUGUUCAGGCAUUUGACAUUGUCAUGCGGUACGGGCCAUCAACUGUGCACGCCAUGGUCGGGAGGUCAGUCUUCGCUCCGCCGAGGAACUAUAGCAGCAUUGGAGGUGGCCUGGAACUUUGGCACGGCUAUCAGACGAGCGUGCGGCCCGCUCAGUGGAAGCCCCUUCUCAAUGUCAACACGGUGGCAACUGCCUUUUUUGAAGGUGGCCCCCUGCUCGAGCUUGUUUCCAAGGUGCUCGGUGACCGUAGAGGAAACCUUGACCUGAACCGGUCGCGAAAGCUGGAUGAUACCCAGUUUGUCAAACUGAACAAGAAGCUCAAGACGCUGAAGGUAAAAGUGACUCAUCUACCCUACCCCCGCAAGUAUGUCAUAGAGAGGGUGACAAGGGCAAGUGCGAAUGAAAUAAAGUUUGGAGAUCCACCCAUCACUGUGGCAGCUUACUUUGCCUCCAGGUAUCGCCCACUGAGUUUUCCCCACCUGCCGUGCAUCGAAGUGGGCACGAGGAAGAACUACAUUCCCUUGGAGGUGUGCGUAGUUCUCGAUGGCCAGCACUGCCGGCAGAAGCUGGAUGAGAACCAGACAGCAACAGUUGUGAAGAAGGCUGCAGUCCCACCAGCAGAGCGUUUUCAGAACAUCCAGGGAGCUGUUCAAGACUGCAUUAAGAACAACAAGGAGUACCUGGACCACUUUGGCAUCCGCAUCAGCACCAACCCAGUGAAGGUACAAGCCAGAGUGCUGCCAGCUCCCGACGUACUCUACAAAGAUAACGUUCCAGUGAGCCCCAGGAAUGGUGCCUGGGAGAUAAAAGACACGGAGUUCUACCGACCUGUCAACAUGACCAAAUGGUCUGUGCUGAGCUUGUGCAACACCCGCUUCUGUCCUCUACCGGCAAUCCAGAAGUUUGUUUCCAUGGUGAUCUCCCAGGGUAAGCAGCUUGGCAUGUCUGUGGAGCCACCCCAGGCUAUCAAGGAAUGUGGUCAGACUAAUCGCCUGCUGAAUGUUCUUAGGAAGGAGAAGGAGACUAUUCCAGGACUACAAAUCAUCUUUGUGGUGGUGGUCAACAAGUCUCCCUUCUACAAUGAACUCAAGAGCGCAGGGGAGACUGAGGUUGGGGUGAUGACUCAGUGUGUCACGGACAAGAGCAUCAUGAACAAGUGCAAUCCGAUGCUGGUCAACAACAUCUUGCAGAAAGUAAAUGCCAAGCUUGGCGGUGUGAAUAACACUAUACCAAAGUCUGUCAAGUCCGUCAUCUUUAGCAAGCCGGUCAUUGUGAUGGGUGCCGACGUCACUCACCCUGGUGCCAAGGAGUUCAACAGGCCCUCAAUCGCAGCUGUUGUGGCAAGCACCGAUCGGUUUGCCUUCCGCUACAUCACUGCCUUCCGGAUCCAGAAGCAGAACAUGGAGGUCAAGGCCCGUGUGGAGAUCAUUGAGGAUAUGAAGAGCAUUGCCAAAGAGCUGCUGCUGGGCUUCUACAUUGCAAAUAACCAGGUGCGCCCAGACAAGAUCCUGUUCUACCGUGAUGGUGUGAGUGAGGGCCAGUUUCGCCAGGUCCUAGACCACGAGCUAGCUGCAAUUCGCGCCGCCUGCAUGGAGCUCGAAGCUGGGUACGAGCCAGGCAUCACGUUUCUGACCGUGCAGAAGCGGCACCACACACGAUUCAUGCCAGAGAACCGUCGGGACGGUUGCGGGAAGAGCGGCAACAUCCCACCGGGGACUACGAUCGACACCACCGUCACUCACCCGGUGGACUUCGACUUCUUCCUCUGCUCCCACUUCGGAAUCCAGGGUACCAGCAGGCCAGCACACUACUAUGUGCUCUGGGAUGACAAUGAGUUCACUGCAGAUGCCCUGCAGAAGCUGACCUAUGGACUGUGCCACACGUAUGCCCGCUGUGCACGCUCGGUGUCCAUCCCAGUGCCUGUGUACUAUGCUCACCACGCCACCCAGAGGGCCAAGUGCUAUGUGGAUGCCCGCUCGGACAUCUACGACUCUGCUGGCAGCAGCUCCGGUGGCUCCCUACCAUCAAUGGACUUCCUCGAUGCUGCCAUCUCUGUGCAAUCUCUCAUGAAGGAGGCCAUGUUCUUUGUCUGAAGCAUUAUGUUGCUUCUCGUGACUGUUUUAAUGGCACAGAGUUUGUUUUGAUCUCAAGAAACCAGAGCGUGAAAAGCAACACGAUUGCAAUAGUUUUUUUUUAUUGUGUGUUUUUGUUACUACAUAAUGUAUAUUUACAAUACUGCAGUGCCUGCCCAAGUUUAAUGCUCACUCUGAGCAUUUGGCUCAAGUAAUUGAAGUUAGCCAAGCUUCGUUAACCAAACGAAGCUUGGUUAACUGGCUACUGUGAUCUUGGUAAGCAAAUGUUCCUACUCCAGUACCUUUGGCUCUUAUGUUUUUGUUGCCUUUUUUUAUUUUUUGUGCCCAGCCAUUGCAUUCUCAUUUAACCUGGUGCCAUUGAACAAGGUUCGUUCAAUCCAUUACAAGUGCAAGGUUAUUUUUGUGUUGUUGUGCCUCGAUGAUUUCAAUUCUAAUGCAGUUGUCACUCGAUAAUAAAUGCAAUCCAGAAUGUUA